AUGACCAUCACUGAAGUCGGCUGCAUGGGCGUCAAGCCUGGCUUGUCGAUCACGGAUCCCAGCACCCCGGAGGGCACCGUCCUCCCCGGCGUCUGGAAGACCGUCCUCACCAAGCCCGGCGGCCCGCAGCGUAUCUUCUGGGGUCUCGAAGAGGAGGACUCAUCCAAGGUCUGGGCGUUUUUCGACUGGAACUCGGUCCAGGAGCACAUCGACUUUGCAAAGACCCACGGGGCCGAGGCUGUCAAGGAUAUUCCCAAGGUCUGUACCCACGGCGAGUUCACCAAGCACGUUACUGUCCUGCCGUCGACAGAUGUGCUCGGGUCGCCGAUCACUCGAAUCAUUGCCGGCUACUUCCCCUCGGACAUCUCAGCCGACGAGAAAGACAAGAAGACCCAGCACGUGAAGGAUCUCCUGUCAGGAGCCGAUGCCGACGACCCAGGCUCAAUUCCUUGGGGCUACGGCUGGGGCCUUGAAAACGAUUAUCCUGUGCGGGGCCUUGGCGGACAGACCGGCACGAUCUUCAUGGUUCUGGUCGGCGCGCAGACGAGUGACCAGCACAACACCCUUUUCGGGGAGUUGGUCCACGCCGUCAAGAGCAUGGAUGAUCUGGCUGGCCUCCACCAAUUCACCAUGCGAAGCUUGCAUCAGAAGAGGGAGUGA